UGUUCCCAUCCCUGUCAGCUCGCCUUCAGUUAGUUUAGCAGGCUAAGUACGGAGAGAGGAGGGCUGUUCCCUUUCGCCUCUGCUCAGUCUGCUACUCAGCACGCCGUCAACACACAUUCCACACCAUGGCUGCCACGGACGUGGACGUAUUUUCGAAUGAGGAGAAACGUAACCUCAGCUUAGGCGGCCAUGUUGGAUUCGACAGCCUCCCUGACCAACUGGUCAGUAAAUCAGUCACACAGGGUUUUUGCUUCAACAUCCUCUGCGUAGGAGAAACUGGCAUUGGCAAAUCAACAUUAAUGAACACACUGUUUAACACCAUGUUUGAAAAUGAGGAGGCGAGCCACUACCAGAAUGGCGUGUAUCUGCGGCCGCGAACCUACGACCUCCAAGAGAGCAACGUCCACCUCAAACUAACGAUUGUUGAUACCGUUGGGUUUGGUGACCAGAUCAACAAGGAGGACAGUUACAAGCCAAUCGUGGACUACAUCGACACCCAGUUUGAAAACUAUCUGCAGGAAGAGCUGAAAAUCAAACGCUCGCUGUUUAACUACCAUGACACCAGGAUCCACAUCUGCCUUUACUUCAUCGCCCCAACUGGACACUCCCUCAAGUCCCUGGACCUGGUCACAAUGAAGAAACUGGACAGCAAGGUCAAUAUUAUUCCCAUCAUUGCCAAAGCGGACACAAUCUCCAAGAGCGAGCUUCACAAAUUCAAAAUCAAGAUAAUGAGUGAACUCGUGAGCAACGGCGUCCAGAUCUAUCAGUUCCCGACAGACGAUGAAGCUGUUAGUGAGAUCAAUGCCUCCAUGAACGCCCACCUGCCAUUCGCUGUGGUCGGAAGCGUGGAAGAAGUCAAAGUGGGGAACAAAACGGUGAGGGCCAGACAGUAUCCCUGGGGAGUGGUGCAAGUUGAGAACGAGAGCCACUGUGACUUUGUAAAACUCCGAGAGAUGCUGAUCCGGGUCAACAUGGAGGAUCUGAGGGAGCAGACGCACGCCCGCCACUACGAGCUGUACCGGCGCUGCAAGCUGGAGGAGAUGGGCUUUAAAGACACAGACCCAGACAGCCAGCCCUUCAGUCUUCAAGAAACAUACGAAGCCAAGAGGAAAGAGUUCUUAGGGGACCUGCAACGUAAAGAAGAAGAAAUGAGGCAAAUGUUCGUAAACAAAGUAAAAGAAACCGAAGCAGAACUCAAAGAAAAGGAACGAGAGCUCCAUGACAAGUUUGAGCAGCUGAAGCGGAUGCACCAGGAUGAGAAGAGGAAGGUGGAGGAGAAGCGGAGGGAGCUGGAGGAUGAGAUGAACGCCUUCAACAGGAAGAAGGUGGCAUGUGAGACGCUCUCAUCUCAACCCCUCAAGAAAGACAAGGACAAGAAAAAUUAAUUUUUGAGGCGCAGCACACCCAUCCACACACGACCAUGGAUUUGUCCUCCAUCACCAUAGCAACGACCACAUCUGUGUUUUCUUUUUGUUUGUUUGUUUUUUCUGUUUUGUUUUGACAUUCCAUCUUGACAUUGUGCACAUGGACCAAAGACACUGAGGAUGAUGAUGAUGGUGAAGCCACAGGAGAGAAAAAGAGUGAAAGAUGGUGAGAGAGAGAAAUAUUCACAUCCAUCAGUGGCCAUCUCAUUGAUUCAGGAUCUUUCUAUGUGAUUUUUGGACAUUUUUUUAAUAAAUAUAUCUGUUUAUUUUAAUUUCUUUGUUGUUUUAAAUAUUUCUGUAUUUUUUCUUUCCUCAUUAGCCAUCCAAACUGAUUAAAUCUUGUCAAGCAUUGUCAUUUCGUGGUACUACAAUUUUGAAAAUGUGGGCAAAAUAUGUAUUUAAAAAAAAUAUAUAAAAUAUAAGGGACACCCAGUUUUUAUAGGCCUGACGUUCAAAUCGAAGAUUAAAAGGUCCUUAACUUUUUAAAAAAUGUAUGACCCAUUUAAAAUAUUCAGAGGUAAUUUGUCUUUUUGUAACCCUGAGGAAUUAGUUUAGUAUAAUCAGUCCCUCAUUAGUGAAUAAUACAUUAAAAUCUUAGCGUGUCAAGCAAUAACUGAGUACCUGCAUUUAGAGGUACUGACAACUUAACAUGUAGUCCUACAUCUUAAAACCUAUGCAAUAUUCUAGUGCUGUAAGUCAGUUAAUGUAUGUGAAUAUUUUCUCGAGCUUAUCAAGCUUCCAGUAAUAUACAAAUAUGUACUAGUUUUUAAUAUGAUUAAUGAAUAUGAUGCAAGAAGCCCAUAAGAGGGUGUACAUUAUUUGUGAGUGACUUAACUAUAUUGUAAACCUUGCGUGAUUGUUUUGUUUCGCCCGUGGAAUCACGACUAUGAAGCCAGUAAACAUUUAAGCCUCAACUCGCUGUAGGAGAGUUUACGCUCAGACAUGGAGAAGAGAGCAGCUGUAUUUACUGUCUGUUGAUGCAAAUAAAUGCAAACCCUCCCUCCGAAA